AAUUAUUUAAGAAUAAUAAAAUAAUGGAUGUUAUUCUUGGUUACGUGGAUGAAUUUCGUCAUAUGAAAUUUAGAAAGGUAUAAUGAGAAGUGAUUAACAUACAGAUAAUAUUGCAAAUAGUUUCAUUAGCAAUAGUUGUAGGAUCAGCAUUGUCAAUAUGGAAAAGCUUAUAAGUCGUGUCAUUAUCAGAGUCUCCAGUUGUCGUUGUAUUAUCUGGAUCAAUGGAGCCUGCUUAUUAUAGAGGUGAUAUUUUGUUUUUGACCUACUUCAAUAAGCCAUUUGAGGUAGGAGAUGUGAUAGUAUACAAAAUUAAAGAUCAAGACAUACCAAUAGUCCAUAGAGUAUUGCAAAUAUAAUAAAAGUAAUAAUGGAAAUAAUAUUGUGAAUAGGAGUGAUGAUCCAUUAGAUUAGUUAGUAUUGACAAAAGGUGAUAACAAUUAAGUAGAUGAUCGAGCUUUGUUUCCAAAAAGAUAGAUGUGGUUAGAAAGAUCAGAUAUAAUGGGAAAGAUAGAAGGGUAUAAAUAGUUUAGUAUUUUAAAAUUUAGAGUUUUACCAUAUGUUGGUUAUAUCACAAUAUUGUUAAAUGAUUAUCCUUCAUUGAAAUUUGUAAUGAUUGGUUUAAUGAGUUUAUUUGUACUAACAGCCAAAGAUCCACAGAGUUGAGUAUUAAUUAAUAAAAAUAAUUGAGUAAAUGUAAAAAGUGU